UGUUGCUUAUUAUCAUUUUUUAAUGAUGAUCAUUUAUUGUAGUGUGAACAACAUGUGAAUAACUUUUCUGGAGAAAGAGAUGAUUUUUUUUAAAAAUCGUAUGUCCUGGAUCUAAAAUACAAAAUUGUCGUCUGUUCUCUUAGUUUAUGACAGAAAAAAUAAUUUUUUUUCGUUUUACAUAGAAACAAAUUACUAAUGGAAUAACUAAAUUAUAAAUUAGUUACUAUGUCCUUUAUUAAAUUCAAUGAAAUACCUUAUUUUAUCCAUCAUAUACUUUACAUGAUAAGAGAACAAAGAACAACUCAUUGAAGCGUCCCAGUUUCUACGAAGAAGAAGAAGAAGAAGAAGAAGAAGAAGAAGAAGAUCAUGUUGUAUCAUUCAAGAUCAAAUUCAUUACAUUCAAUUGUAGAAAUGAUUCUUUCAUUAUUAUUACUAAUGAUCUAUGGAAUCAUGAUCAUUUAUAGUAAACCAUUAGAUAUUGAAUCAGAUACACCAUUAACUAUAAGUUUUAAUCCAUCGUCUAAUCAAGUACAAUUAAAUCAACCAUUAAUAAUACGUUGUGAAGUUCAUUCAUUCAAUAAUAAACAAUUAGAAGUCAAUAAAUAAUAAUAAUAAUAAUAUACUUAAUGGUUAUAGUAUGUUCUUUCAAUGUCCUAUAGCCCCAUGGGGUAAAUUUUGUUUUCAUAAUUGUCAAUCUGCAUGUGUCGGCGAAAUACCUAAUCAAUGUCCAUAUGAUAAUGAAUUAAGUCUUAUUAAAUGUCGUACUGCUAUGACUGAACAAGGUUAUUUAUUUUAUGAAUAUACAAUACCAAAUCUAACUGAAACAUGGUUAGGCUUAAACCAUAAUAAUAAUAAUAACACUUCAAUGGAUAAGGAUAAUCAUCAUCAUAAUAAAAUAGAAGGUUUCUCAUGUAAAACAGCUGGAUUACAAACACCGAAAAUUCCUUUAACUAUAGUUAAACCCAAUGAUAUUCAAUUGAAUACAAUGGAUCUAUCAAAGACUAAAACAUCAUCAUCAUCAUCAUCAUCAUCUAAUUCUCAUUCAAUGAUAUCUCAUUUCAAUAAAACUAUAUCUAAUGAAUAUAAUACACAGAAAGAUGAAUCUAAUCCAUUGAAUAAUGGAAUGAAUCAAUCGAUUAAACGAAUCAAUUCUGAACUUAAAGCUGCUUUAACGCGUGAAGUAUUAAUUAUUGGUGCAAUUAUUAUAGUGUUCAUCUCAGUUAUACUUAAUGUGUUCUGCUGUAUUCGAUGUGCAUUAAUUCGUCAAUAUUCAAAAUCAAAAGAUCAACCACAUAUGCAACAUUUAUUCUGUAUGGCUGAAGAAAUACGUAAUGCACGUAUUGUGAAACAAAUCAAUGGGAAAGGUUUUAAUUAUCGUGAUAAAGUAGGAUAUGAACAACAACAACAACAUUUAGGUACAUUACUUCAUGAUGGUCAUAAAAUGAAUAAAAAAGGAAGCAGUCUAUUAUUAAUGAAUAAAAUUCAAUCACAAUCUAAUGGUUAUGAAUCUUAUCAACCAUCUAUUGAUUAUGGAUCAGAAUAUUUAACUGGUUUAAAUUGUCCUGGAUUUUUAUUGAAUGAUAAUCAAUCAUCAAAUGGUUUAUCAAGUGAUAUCCAUUUAAGAUAUUUACCAGAUGGUAAAUCAGGUAAUAGACAAUCUAUAUCAGCAUUCUCUAUUGUACCCGGUCAAUUUCCAAUAUCAUGGACUCAUCAUAAUAAUAGUAAUAGUAAUAUUGAAGCUCAUCGUCGAUCCAUAACUAGUAUCCAACGUAAUGGUGGUAAUUCUCUCGCUUCAAAUCAUUCAUCUCAACAACAAAUUACUGAAGCUGUUACUAAUUUCUAUUUACAACAUCAACAACAUUUUAAAGAAUUACAAAAUCAUUUAAAUAAUACUAAUACGACUAAUACUACUACUAAUAAUAAUAGUAAUAUAGAUACGGUUACAAUGAAUCAACUUGGUUCCGAUGGUAUGAAUUCAUGUUUUGGUAGUAUUGGUCAACCAGAUUCAAGUAUUUUAUCAGAUAUGAAUAUCAAUCCAUCAAAUGCAAUGAAUUGUGAAUCACCUAUAAUGAAUAGACAUAAUAAUGAUAAUCAUAUCAUAUUAAACAAUAUAAUGCCCUUAACAAAUUCAUCUAUGAAUCCAUCGAAUUAUAUCAUACCUAUAGAUUCAAUAAAUCCAUUAAUCAAUAAUUAUACUAAUCAAUUAACACCAAAUAUCAAUCGUAUACAACCAAUAGGAUCAUCACAAUCACAAUUAAUUACAUUAAUGAAUAAAUUAAAUUAUACUACUAAUACUACUAAUAAUACUACUAAUAAUCAAUCAAUUCAUAAUGAACAAAUUUUAACUCAUUUAUCAACUCUUAGUGAUACAUUAAAUUCACAAUCAGAUAGUGGAGCUGGUUCAGGAAGUGGAAAAAUUUCAAUGGAUUCAUCAGAGAAUAAAAUUAAUUCAUUUUAAUAAAUGAGAGAGACAGAGAGAUUCAAUGUUCAAUUUAUUCAUUAAAAUGGAUAUUGAUAAAGUUUCAUGACAAAAGAGAGAGUGUGUGUGUGAGUGAUAGGGGUGUGGAGGAGGAGAAGAGAGGGGGUGAAUGGGGAGAGAGGGAGAAAGAGAGAGAGUGGAAAACUUCUCAAACAAUCAAAAUAAUAUUCUAUUUAAAUGUUUAUCUUUUAUUUACAAAAUUUAAUCUCUAAGAGAAAUGGAAGUCUUUUUUCUUCUUUUAAAAUUACACAUACUAGUCAUAAUUUUCAUGGUUUGAAUACGAACCAAAAACAAAAAAACAAACAUCAAAUACUAAGCCAAGAAUGGCUACAAUGAAUCACUCUUUUAUAAUAAUAAUGAUAAUCAUAGGAAAGUUUCUUUCUUUCUUUCUUUUUCUGAAAAUCAAUUUUCAUUGGAAAAAAAUAAUAAUGUUUUCCUACAAAAAAUAAAUCAUUAUUUUCUUCCCAUAAACCCUAAGCAUAAGACAAUUCAUUUGAAAAUUAUAUUUAUUUAGUUAUACUACUGACUAAUAAAUAAGUACCUUGUUUCUUUCUAUUAAAAAGUUUCUUGGAAGAAUAUAUAUUGCAUGGCUAUCAUUAGGGAAUAUUGUAUUUCGUUAUUUCGUUGAUGACUUCUUUUCUUUUUUUGUUUUUGAAAAGAAUUCUAGGAUAAGAAUCUUUCUACACUUUCAUUUUGAGUUGUGAUAAUCCAUAAAAAGUAAAAUGACGGUGGAUUUAAUUAAA